CUGGAACUCUGCAGUUUGACGUUUCCGAAAGCCUCUAGCUCACGAAUCCACUCCACUGAAGAUGCUGCGCUACGCCAUUGUGCUGCUUGUGGCCCUUGUGGCAUCCGCUAGUCUCACUGAGGCACUACAAACCAGAGCCUGCGCCGCAGGAGUUCACCCAUCGCGCGUCGAGAUUACUGGAUGCACUCAGAUGCCCUGUGAACUGAUCCGCGGUAGCGAUGUCUCGAUGGAGCUUGACUUCGUAGCACCACGCGCUUCAACGACCCUGCGCUACGGUGUGAUUGCGACCGCUCUUGGUAUCACCGCUCCCUACGAGCUGCCGCCAGACCGUGCUAACGCUUGCAACUGGCUGUCGGGAUCAGCGUGUCCCAUCAGCGCGAACGAGGACCUCACUGCCACGCUCAGCAUGCCGGUACUGCCGAUCUAUCCACUUGUCAGUCUUCAGAUUCAGCAUUGCAACUGCAGCAGACAGCAGGCUCUCAGUAUCAACGACGUACCGUUCUCACAACCGCCAGUCAAGAUGAUCCGUGCCCUGCUACUGAUUGCCCUCGUACCGGCCCUGGCGUACGCCAACGUUACCCGUCCCUGCACGGAAAAUCGUCCAGUGCCGACGAACGUCGUGAUCGAAGGAUGCACCGCUCCACCCUGUGAUCUGAUCCGUGGUCAGAAUGUCAUCGCCUACAUCGAUUUCACGACCGAUCGUGCUGUCGCUGAAAUGACCACCGUUCCGACGGCGACGGCUCUCGGUGUGACCGCUCCCUACCCACUGCCGGGCAACUUUGCCGACACCUGCCAAUGGUUGGAGGGUACGAGCUGCCCGCUGAGCCCGAACGAGGAUGUCACCUACCGUCUGACGAUCCCGGUGCUAUCGAUCUACCCACUGGUCAGCCUUAGCAUCGAAAUCGAUAUCAUCGAUGAGAAUGGCGCUAGCGUUACCUGCUUCGUGGUCGAUGCACAGGUUGUCCCUGCUGCACGCGACUCAAAGAACUAA